AUGUUCGCGGCAUCAGUGCUUGCAGCGACGUGCAUCAGCUUGGCGGUCGCUCUUCCCUCAACGACGACAACAUACAACAGCAACCUGAGAUACUACUUCCCUCGCCAGACACUGCCGCAAUAUCCUUCUUCAUUCGACCCGCUUGGAAACAGCGCGCUCGCCGUCUACUAUGGCAAGGCGCAGUACAACUCGAACCCGUCGCUGUGGGACCUCUGCAGCGUCGACGACAUUGACAUGAUUGUCAUGGGCUUCAUCCGCAGCUUCAAUGGCUACAACAAGCAGCCCACCUUCGACAUCUCGUCGUGCAAGACGCCCUACCAGCCCGCCGCCAACUUCACCGGCAUCACCUGCCCGACGCUGGCCGCCAACAUUACGCGCUGCCAGAGCUUGGGCAAGAAGGUCAUGAUCAGCUUGGGCGGCUCCAGCAGUGACCUGGACCUCAGCAAUGCCACCGACGCCCAGCAGGCUGCCACCACCCUCUGGAACGUCUUUGGCGCCGGCACCGAUACGCCCGACAUCAGGCCUUUUGGCAAUGUCACUCUUGACGGCUUCGACUUUGACUACGAAAACUACGCCGACACGUCCUACAUCGAUGUCCUGUCAGGCACUCUGCAGUCGCUCUUCAAGACGGCCAGUCCCGACCGCUACAUCAGCGCCUCUCCCCUCUGCGUAAAUAACACCGUCAUGCCCUAUGACUUUUACAAGAAUGCAAACUUCAUCUGGCCGCGUUUCUACAACGCAAACGCCUGCAAGGCGGGCGGCAAGGGCUACAACGAUUCCGUCACCGCCUGGUCCGACUUCCUCGUCGGUGUCGACUCCAACAUCGGGCCCCACUACCCUCGCUUUUACAUCGGUGCCCUCGGCUUUGAAAACUACAACAACGGCGGUGGCUUUGUCGCUCCCGAUGACUUUGGCGAUCUGGUCGAGUACACCAAGGAUCGCGUUGGCAGUGAGAGAUUUGGCGGCGUCAGUGUCUGGGAGGGCACUGACGCCUUGCAGUCGCAAAAUGCGGAUGGCGUGAAUAUUCUGAAUAUUACCAAGGAAGCCCUGCUCGAGCCUUUUACCAGCGAUGCCUGUGGUACGUCACUCGACACCCGCCCUCUUAAGUUAAUAAAGUUGAUUCGUGUUAGAUUAAAUCGUUGGACUGGGAGAAGCAACAAGAGAGCUGUUUUGCAAAGAGGGCGGAGGUGGCAGGGUAUGGGUAUUACAUAUGCAUAA